AUGAGGUUUCCUCCAGCCAUUGUCUUGUUUACAUGGCCAACGCCAAACUAUGUUGACCCCGUCACUCGCGGUGAUGGUGCACUGGUCGUCAGCAUCGUCUUUAUCGUGUUAGCCUUUCUGGUGACAUGCCUUCGACUCUAUACACGUUUGAGAAUAACAUGUAGCCCCGGCAUAGAUGAUAUUUUGAUUGUCAUUGCUCUUGGUCUUGCAAUUGCCAUGUGCGUGGUAAUAUGCAUUGCAACCGAACAAUAUGGCUGGACUCGGCAUCUUUGGGAUGUCCCAUUGCCCUGGCUUUCGACUGCGAAGAAAUUGAACCUCUUGUUUCAAAUCCUCUUUUCGCUGUGCUCCUCCAUUACAAAACUCUCCCUCUUAUGGUUCUGCAAGCGUUUGAUCGGGGCUGGGAGUAAAGGAGUGUAUCGAUCAUACAGUAUUGUUUUGAUCGCAGCCAUGGUGUUUGUCACAAUCUGCUGUCUUUUAUUCUUGUUCAUCAGCAUCUUCCAGUGCAACCCCAUCCGCGCAUAUUGGGAAUUGGAAACGCCUUAUCCCCAUACUUGUAUCGACGAUGGCGCCGCUGUAUUCUCUGCCAGUGUUGUUAACAUCUUUACCGACUUACUCUCCACUGUCCUUCCCAUGCCUAUCAUUUGGAACUUGAAAUUGCCCGCCCGGCAACGAAUCGCUGUGAUCUCUAUCUUUGGACUCGGUAUCGUCGUCAACAUUGCAGGAUCCAUUCGAACCGCAUAUGUUUAUAAGAGUAUGAUUUCAUCCUACGAUGAAACAUGGAUGGGAUGGCCAGUUCUGCUUGCCGCUACUGUGGAGAUCAACCUUGGCUUGAUCUGUGCAUCUGCACCGGCACUGAGGCCCCUAAUCUCAUCUUUCCUCCCUCAACUCCUUCAAUCGACCCGUCAAUACGCAAGCUCGUCCAAACGGAGGAGCGCCUUUAUUUUCUGGAGCUCGCCUGGUCCAUCCAAGAACACCAACACCAACACCAACACGGAGGAAGCAUCCGAGGCACAACUGCAUCACAAGGAUGUAGAAGCGGGCCUGGACCGGUUUGAAGUGAUGCGAACCGUCGAGAUGGAGACCUGGUCCGAGUCGCGAACCCCAACCCAUGCUGUCGGCAGUUUCCACGACAUCCAAAGCAAUCACACCCGGGUAGAAACGCCCGUUAACGCGGUUGACCUUAAAGAUGGCGCCGUGACAUACACCUCGCCCGGCAGCUCCAAGUCGGGAUCGAUGACCCAUGCUAUAACCGAUUCGCCGUUUGAAGACAAGAACUCGGUUUAA